AUGGCCGACCCUACACCGUUUUUACAUUCACACGUCUGCACGGUUGCCCCGGGUACGACAGUGGUAUACACAGCUGGACAGAUUGGUAUGGACAAAGGGUACAAAAUUCCAGAGAAUGAUGAGGAACAAGUCGUUUUGGCGCUUGAAAACCUACGCAAGUGUCUUGAAGCAGCAGGUGCGACAACCCGGGAUAUUGUAAAAGUGACAUUUUACGUCGUCGCUGAAAAUCCUAUCGCCCAUCCAAGUGCUCGAUUACUUGCUGCGUUUCUAAACGGCCACCGGCCAACGAGUGUGUGCGUGCCACUACCAUCGUUGUCUACACCUGGCGUGAAGUUCGAGGUCGAGGCAAUUGCCGCCGUUCGAAGUCUUGUGGACCAUAAACCCCUAUCAUGGACUUUCCCUCCCGCAUUGACUGACGUCAUCGUUGUUGGUGCCGGGCUGAGCGGCCUUCAAGCAGCCUAUGAUAUUCAGAAAAGUGGCUUGUCGUGCGUGGUUCUUGAGGCAAGAGAUCGAGUUGGCGGUAAGACAUAUAGCAUCCCACAAGCUAAUGGCCGAGGAAUUAUCGAAGCUGGUGGUGCCUGGAUCAACGACACCAACCAAUCCAAGGUUUCCUCUCUUGCGAAGCGAUUCGGACUGGAAUUUGUCAUCCAGACCAUGGAGGGUGACAGCAUCAUGCACGAACCCGGAAGGCCUGGUCAGCGGUUCCCUAAUGGCCAGCUCCCAGAAAACCUUGGCCUGGAGGCAAUAACCGAAAUUGCGUCUCUGUUUGCUCGCCUAGAAGAACUCAGUCUCACUUCAGACAUCACAAAAGACAAUUCCAAGCAUGACGACAUUACACUAGAAGAGUUUAUACAGGUUGAAGGCUGUGGAGCAACUGCCGUUGCGAAUGCCGCAAUCCUAACUCGAGCUCUUCUUGCCCUGGAACCAUCCGAAAUCAGUGCAUUAUACUUUAUAAUGUAUUGUAAGAAUGCAGGAGGAUUGGAGAGAUUAAUGUCUGAUGGUGUUGGGGGUGGCCAGUAUAUGAGAAUUAGACAAGGUGCGCAGGCGAUUGCAGAAGGUUUGAAUUCCUCUCUCAUCCCCGGUUCUGUUCACCUUUCCACACCCGCAACGGCAAUCAUCCAGCGUGAAUCUGGACUCCUUGUUGAAAUCGACAGUGGUGUCCGACUGCGAUGCAAAAAAGUGGUAGUUUCUAUACCGACCCCGCUGUACAGCACUAUUGCAUUCGACCCGCCCUUGUCUGAUCACAAACUGCAGUAUAGUUCUAGAACGAAGUUAGGUGAACUGUCCAAAAUAAUCCUGGUGUACGAUCAGCCAUGGUGGAGAGCCCGGGGGCUGUCUGGAGUUUCGCAAUCGUCCUUAGGCCCGAUCUGUGCCACUCGUGACUCUAGUAUCGAUCAAGAUCAACAUUAUUCUUUGACCUGCUGGGUUAGUGGAGAACCAGCACGACAGUGGUCCAAACUCCCACAAGAGGACCGUCUACAGCGCGUCCUAGGUCAGAUAGAAGAUAUGUUUGGUGAUACCAUCCCCGUCCCCAUCCAAAUCUUGGAAAAGGAGUGGAAAAAAGAUGUAUGGAGCAAAGGGGGGCCCUGCCCGACGACGCCUCCCGGAAUACUAUCCGUUCACGGCCACGCUCUGUCUAUGAGUGAAAGAGACAUUCAUUUCGUAGGAACAGAAACAGCAGAAGUUUGGACGGGCUAUAUGGAAGGUGCACUAAGAUCAGGGGCUAGAGGCGCCGAAGAAGUGAUCAAGUCUCUCUUGUAA